GAGUGUGUGUGCUUGUAGCGGGAUAUUUAGAGGGUCGCCAUAAAGGAAAGGUGUUUACCAAUGCAAUAUUGAUAAAAAUGAGUAGAGAAGAGGAGAGAGUAGAUGAUGAUGAUGAUGAUCUCGACACUGAUGAUCAAGAUGAAUAUCAAAAGCAAGAAUUGGAUGAAGAAUCAGAGAAAUGGAAGAAGCAUUAUUCAUCAAGGCAUAGGAUACUCCUUGUUGGAGAGGGUGACUUCUCUUUCUCUCUUUGUUUGGCCAGAGCUUUCCCUUCUGCUCACAACCUCGUCGCUACUUCCCUCGAUUCCCAGGAGAACAUUGGAAAGAAGUACAGUAACGGAAUAAGUAAUGUGAGGGAGCUUGAAGAAAGGGGUUGCCUUGUUCUUUACGGUGUUGAUGCUAAGAACAUGUGCCAGCACUUCUUUCUCAAGACACAGAGGUUCGAUCGCAUUGUCUAUAACUUCCCUCAUGUUGGCUUUCUUUACCCAGAAAACAGCUACUGCCAGAUCCAGUUGAACAAAAGGUUGGUGAAGGGUUUUUUAGCAAAUGCCAAAGUUCUAGUAAGGAAAGAGGGAGGGGAGAUUCAUGUAACGCACAAGGAGGGUGAUCCAUACAACAAAUGGGAUCUGGUACAGAAGGCAGAAAAGAGAGGACUGGUCUUGCAUGAAGCUGUGCCAUUCUUAAAGGAUGACUAUCCUGGUUAUGACAAUAAGAGAGCCCAUGGAAAAUUAUCUGAUGCAUCUUUCCCAGUUGGGGAAUCUACUACUUACAAGUUCAAACUCCAAACAUCUCUCUAACUCUUACAAUAGCUAAGGGGAGUUCUAAGUGUUGGGUUUCUUUGGAAGAUUUUAAAGACCUCUUCCCCCUAAACUUUCAUGUAAUAAAAAAAAAAUGCCAAUCCUGGACUUGCAUCUUUGUAUGGAGAUGGUGAUCUUCUGUAAAUACUAAUGGCUUGAGCUUAGCUUGUUAUUUUUCAAGAGAUUGUUUUGCUUUA